AUGGCGGAUCCCACCGAUCUGAACAAUCUGAAUCUUGACGAUGCGCCCAGCGAUCUUCAAGACAUCCCAGAAUUAGCAAUGCAGUUGGUGCCUCCUCCGGAGGCGACCUAUCCUGAUAAGGCAUCUCUUCUUGCUGCAGUUCAGGAACAUGGCAAACGACAUGGAUACAAUGUGGUUGUCAAAUCGUCAAGCACACCUACAGAGAAGAAACCUGGUCGUACCGCGAAAGUGUGGCUGCGCUGUGAUCGUGGUGGCCACUAUCGUCCCCGUAACGGCCUGACUGAGGAGACACGCAAACGCCGCAGAACCUCACGCUUGAUGGAUUGUCCUUUCAUGCUUGUCGGAGCUGGCUCAUCGGGUAUCUGGGCCUUGACAGUUCUCAACGCAACGCAUAACCACGGUCCUGUUGUCGAAAAACCGCGGCAGAUGCCUCAGCAAAAGGUUCGCAAAGGCCAGCUCUCUGCCUUUCCUUACGAUUGGCCUCACGAUGCCUCAUUCACGCCAUACACCAGUGCACUGGUAAUCAUUGACAUGCAGAAGGACUUCUGUUCGCCUGAAGGAUACAUGGCAUAUCAAGGCUAUGAUGUUUCUGCUGCGCAAGCCUUGAUUCCUCGGCUGCAGAGGUUACUUCAAGCUUUCCGAUCUGCGAAUUUCCCGGUCUAUCAUACCCGUGAAGGUCACCGCCCCGAUUUGUCAACUCUCUCCAGCCGUGAGGCAUACCGAUCCCGCAACAAUGCAGCUGGCUUGGGCAUUGGUUCCCCCGGUCCUAUGGGCCGCCUUCUUAUUCGUGGCGAACCGGGCCACGACACCGUUGACGAGCUGUACCCUCUUCCCGGUGAGCCGGUAAUCGACAAGCCCGGCCGAGGUGCCUUCGCGCACACUGAUUUCGAACUCCUCCUCCGCAACAAGGGAAUCAAGAACCUCGUCAUCGCAGGUGUGACUACGGACGUCUGCGUCUCGACGACCAUGCGCGAAGCCAACGACCGAGGAUUUGACUGUGUGAUUCUCGACGACGGCACUGCAGCUGCAGAGCCAUCGCUGCAUACAAGCACGAUCGAGUCAGUGAAGAUGGAAGGUGGCAUAUUUGGCACUGUGGCCAAAUUGGAAGACGCGAUCCAGGCUGUUGAGAAUUUCAAGGCCGUCACCCUGAAAAAGCUGGUUCCUCAGCGAGCGGUAUAA